AUGGGUUGGUUCCACGACGCUGCCAACGAGCUCUUGAACUGCUUGUGGGAUAAGGAUGUCGCCACCGAGGAAACCACGGAGCCCGAUAAGUUCGAUGACCAACUUGCUCAACUCAAACACUAUGCUGCCGCUUGGAAGCUCGCUUACGGAAAGCCUCUUCAUGAACCUCUCACCCCUGACGAUGUACGGAGCGCCACGGCUUUCGUGAAGUAUAUUUUCACGGGUCAACCGCCGAUGGAGAGCGGAAUUGUGCUACAAAAGCGGCUCAAGUUGCAAACUUUAGAUUAUAUGCCGUUCAGCAUCUUAGCAGUCCUCUACACCGGAGAGGACCUCAUCAAAGUUGCAGCGUCGACCUUCCAGGCGCUCUUGGAAGGGGCUGGGAAGAUUGCGAAGUGGUCGUCUUGGCCUUAUAACUCGGAACUCAUUAACGCUCUACGUCAAUGGAAACCGGCGCCCGCUGCCGUAUUUAGCUUGAACGUUGCCUCCGAGGCCGCCCAGCCACCGCCCACCCCUGCACCUACAGUCAUUGAGCCGAGCGUGCCUUGCACGGCUCCGACCCGAUUCCAGCCUGCUCCCCCGGGGGCCGCCGUCCCGCUGUCGUCACCCAGUCCCGCAAGGGCCUCCCCCGAUACCGCUUGCACGGCUCUGCCAACCCGACCCCAGCCUGCUUCCCGAUAG